GGAGUUUCCUCCGUCCUCCACUCUCAGCUGCCAAACUCCUCUGUGCCAGCCCAAACCUCGUCUCCCCCUGAUUGAUCAGCACACUUCUUUUAGCAAUGGAGCACCAGAUUAAACGACAGAGUUCUCAAAUUCUCGGUGGCAAUACAACACCCUUUCACAGACCUCAUCUCAUGGAGAGGGCUUAUGCCCACAGCGUCAGCGGAGGGGCAGGCGGCCACGGGACCAGGAUCUCCACCGCCACCUACGGCACACGGGUCGGCAGCAACUAUGGCGGUGGGCACGACUACCAGUCCUUCCCCACUUCUGGAACCCUGGCCAUUCAGAAUGAGAAGGCUACCAUGCAGCACCUGAACGACCGCCUUUCCAACUACCUGGAGACCGUCAGGAAUCUGGAGAAAGCCAACAGCAAGUUAGAGAUCAAAAUCAGGGAGGUUAUCGAAAAGAGAGGCCCCUUGGAGGGGAAGGACUUCAGCAAGCACAACACCAUCAUUGCAGAUCUGAGGGCCAAGAUACUCGCCAGUAUCAAGGAUAACUCGCAUCUCGCCAUCUCUCUUGACAAUGCACGCCUCGCUUCAGAAGACUUCAGAGUCAAGAUGGAGUACGAGAUGUCCAUGCGUCAAGUAGUGGAGGCUGAUGUUUCCAGACUGAGGAAGCUUCUGGACGACACCAACAUGAUUCGCCUGCACCUGGAGGGCGACAUUGAGUCUCUGAAGGAAGAGCUGAUCCACCUGAAGAAGAAUCAUGAGGCGGAAGUUGCAGACUUGCGUGACCAGAUCACCCAAGGUGGCGUCCACGUCGACGUUGACGCUCCUAAGGGACAAGACCUAGCCAGGGUCAUGGAGGAGAUGAGGGCUCAGUAUGAGAAGAUGGCGCUGAAGAACCAGGAGGAGCUCAAAGCAUGGCAUGAAUCCCAGGUCACAGAGAUUCGGGUCCAAGUGACUCAGAGUUCAGAAGCUCUGAAGGACGCCACGACUCAAAUGAGUGAAACUAGGAGGACAUAUCAGGCAAUGGACAUUGAACUGCAGUCUGCACUUAGUCUGAAAGCGUCCCUGGAGGCCACCCUCCAUGACAUCAACAUGCGUUACAACAUCGAACUGGAGAAAUACAACGCCGUCAUCCUGAGGCUGCAGGAGGAGCUGACGCAUAUCCGCGCGGACAUCCAGAACAGCACAAGAGAGUACGAGCACCUGCUCAACAUCAAGGUGAAACUGGAGGCCGAGAUCGCCGAGUACAGGAGGCUGCUGGAUGGCGAAGCGCCCUUAAAACUGGAGGAUGCAAUUGAUCAGAAGGUCAAGACCCAAGUGGUGACUAUCACUCAGACCGUGGUGGACGGCAAAGUGGUGUCAGAGAACAAGGAUGUUAAAUCCAGUGAAAAGGUUUUCAAAUAGACACCUAAUUAGAAAACUGAAAAGAAUAAAAAAACUUGCAAAAUAAAUAAAAUGAACAACUAACCGAC